AUGGUAUGGAUUCUCAAUUAUUUUUUAAUAAUUGCAUAUGGACUUGAAUUUCAUACAUUCCCGAUAACUGAUUCUCCUCCUAACCCAAGAAAAGGUCUUAUUAUGGAUGCAAUUCCUUCUCACAACUCUAUGGUAGGUUUUGGAGGAUACGAAAACCGUGAAUCUAUUUAUAGUGAUAUUUGACAGUUUAAUGUCACUUCUAAUACAUGAAAUGCUUUAUUUGGUACCAAUAACUAUAGUCCAGGUAUUUAAUAUAUAGAUGGGAGAUACUGCGGAGGAGGAUUUUAUCGAUAUAAGAGUGAAGAAUAUUGUAUAUGAGGUGGAAGAUCCUCAAAAGGAGUUUUAAAUGAUAUAUGAUGCUUUCAUUUAAGAUAUUUCACAUGGAGAGAAAUUGAAAUUAAUGGGAAUACUAUAGUAAAUUCAAGAUAUAAAAUAGGCUAUACGUCAUGAAAUGAAACUGGGAUUACAAUGUUUGCUGUUUUUGGAGGAAUUUCUACAGAUGCAUUAAGCCGUGAUUUAUUUAUGUAA